AUGGACAAAAUAAUACCAUCUUACAACUUAACCUUUACUUAUAUGGUACUUAAUGGAUUCGAGUUAGAUCCGGAUUAUUAUGGAUGUCCCGAGGAAAUGCACAAUAGGCCACCGCAUACGGCUAGGCCGUAUUGGGGAUUGUGGUUUAUUGGAUCUGGAAUUAUUAUGUUGAUGCUCUAUAUCCCAUGUUUCUUCGCUAUAAUUACAAGUCCUCUACUCAAAACUCCAGCCUAUAAAGUGAUGUUAGCAUUGGCGAUCUAUGAUAUAACCUGCAUAUUCAUGCAUUCAAUCUUCACCGGUUUCCUAGGAUAUUUUGGCACCAAUUUUUGUGAUUACCCAAAGCUAUUUGCUUGUCUUGGAUACACCGCAAUGUUUUCCUGGAUGGGUUGUUGUAUUUCAAGUAUGACAUUGGCUGUUAUAAGAGUUUGUGAUUUGAAUAUGAUGACACGGAUGAAAAAGUGUUUCCAAGGCAACAAUGUUUAUUUUUUUAUUUUUGCAUUUUUUGUGUAUAGCGUCGGAUCGGGGACUCUCACACAACCGGCCAUUUUCACACCGACUUAUAUGUCUUGGUUUUUUGAUCCAAUGAUUGGGAAAAAGCCAGAGUACUACGUGAACCUUCCGCACACCUACAACAACAUUAUAAUGGCUGUAUGUACAACGCUAUUUUAUGGAUUUUUGUCUUAUCUUGGGUGCAAAGCCCCUGCGAGUACAGCAAAUAGUCCGAGCAAGAAAUAUACGAUCAUCCUCCAAUCCUUCCUAUUCUGCAUCUUCCACACUUUAGCAGCUUCCCUCUACGCAUUCAUGCAAUUUGUUGCAGCUCCACCAAAUCUAAUCAUAUUCACACAAAUCGUUUGGCAAGCUAGUAGUGGCUCUGUGUGCAUUGUGUACCUAACCCUGAACAAAACUCUGCGAACAUCUGUGAUGAGAAUGUUCUGCCCGAAGCCGAUUAUCUACGGAACAAGGAUCUCCAGUAUGCUGAUAAAUAGCAAUAAUACACCACAAAUUCGUUCUCCACAUGCUCGUUCUCCACGUGUGAAUUCAAUUUAUUAG